AUGUCUGCAACCCAACUGCUUAACCCGAAGGCCGAGUCGAGGCGUCGGGGAGAGGCCUUGAAGGUGAACAUCAGUGCCGGAGAAGGUCUCCAGGAUGUUCUCAAGUCAAACCUGGGUCCUUCGGGAACCCUGAAGAUGCUCGUGGACGGCUCAGGCGGAAUCAAAUUGACGAAGGAUGGAAAUGUUUUGCUGCGAGAGAUGCAAAUUCAAAACCCCACGGCUGUCAUGAUUGCCCGCGCGGCCACGGCACAAGACGACAUCACCGGUGAUGGGACAACGUCGGUGGUGCUGUUGGUGGGAGAGCUCCUGAAGCAGGCGGAUCGACACAUUUCGGAGGGGUUGCACCCCCGGGUGAUCACCGAUGGGUAUGAGAUUGGGAAAACUGAAGCACUGAAGUUCCUCGACCAGUUCAAGCUCGAACGCACCAUUGACCGCGAGCUGCUGCUCUCUGUUGCCCGCACAUCCCUCUCCACGAAGCUGAACAAUGCUCUCGCUGAGAAGCUCACCCCUGACAUUGUCGAUGCCGUGCUCGCCAUCCACCGGGCCCCUGAGAAGCCGGAUUUGCACAUGGUCGAGAUCAUGACGAUGCAGCACCGGACAUCAUCGGACACGCAGUUGAUCCGGGGUCUGGCCUUGGAUCACGGCGCCAGGCACCCCGACAUGCCGAAACGGGUGGAGAACGCUUUCAUUUUGACAUUGAAUGUUAGUCUGGAAUACGAGAAGUCCGAGAUCAACUCCGGCUUCUACUACUCCAGUGCUGAGCAGAGAGACAAGCUGGUGGAGAGCGAGCGCAAGUUUGUCGAUGCGAAGCUGCAGAAGAUUGUGGAUCUGAAGAAGCAGGUUUGUGGCAAUGACCCGAAAAAGGGAUUUGUUGUCAUCAACCAGAAGGGUAUCGAUCCCCUCAGCUUGGACGUUCUUGUUAAGAAUGGCAUCUUUGCUCUUCGGAGAGCCAAGCGGAGAAACAUGGAGCGUCUCCAGCUGGUGUGCGGCGGUAUCGCGCAGAACAGCGUGGACGACAUGACGCCUGACGUGCUCGGGUGGGCCGGUCUGGUCUACGAACACCAGCUGGGUGAAGAGAAGUUCACUUUUGUUGAAGAGGUCAAGGAUCCGAAGUCCGUCACUAUCCUUAUCAAGGGACCCAACCAGCACACUAUCGCCCAGGUCAAGGAGGCUGUCCGUGAUGGCCUGCGCUCUGUCUACAACACCAUUGUCGAUGGCUGCGUCAUCCCUGGUGCUGGAGCAUUCCAAAUGGCUUGUGCUACCCACCUGAAGUCUGAAAACUUCCGCAAAACUGUCAAGGGCAAGGCCAAGUGGGGCGUUGACGCUUUCGCUGACGCGCUUCUGGUCAUUCCCAAGACCCUCGCCGCCAACUCGGGCCACGACAUCCAAGAUUCCCUGGCUACUAUCCAGGAUGAGCACGACAAUGGUAACAGUGCCGGUCUGGACCUGGUUACGGGCGAGCCUAUGGACCCGGUGCAGGAGGGUGUUUUCGACUCUUACCGUGUCCUGCGCAACUGCAUUGCCUCCAGCACGGGUAUCGCAGCAAACCUCCUUCUGUGUGACGAGCUGCUGAAGGCCCGGCAGAUGGGUAAGCAGGGUGGCCCUGCUGGUAUGGACGAGUAA